AUGGUAUUUGGAGUGACUGGCGGCCGAAAGAUGCCUCCAAAACACAUAUUACUACCCUAUGCUGUCAAGACCCAUCCUCGGAGACCCAGGGGCAGAUAAACGGGCCGAGGGAAAGUAUAAACGGGCGGAAAAAUGUGGCACGAAGAAAAGGAAAGAACGGCGAGAAGAGCCCCUGGGGACAAUGUCUUACCAGACCAGUUCCAAACGGUCGCCGCCGUUCCGGCUUCUGAUUGGUACCAGAAAAACACAAGUUUUCUGGCACCAAUCAGAAGACAGAACGGCGGCGACCGUUUGGAACUGGUCUGGUAAGACAUUGUCCCCAGGGGCUCUUCUCGCCGUUCUUUACUUUUCUUCGUGCCGCAUCUUUUCGGCCGUUUAGACUUUCCCUCGUCCCCACUAUCUGCCCCUGGGUCUCCGAGGAUGGUCAAGACCUUGAAAAAUAAUGUAGAACUAAUUCAGAUCUUGAAUCGAUGCGGACAUGGGGUAGCCUACUCACAAAUCGAAGAAUUGAACACAGCGUUGUGUCUUCAGAAAAUGGCAAUGACCUCGGAAAAUGCCGUCCCGUUUCCUGACAACAUCAAGCCUCACAUCAGUACAUCGCUUGCCUGGGACAACAUCGACAGAUUAGAGGAAACACUCUCAGGUGGGGGGAAGUCACAUAGAGUUAAUGGCAUCGCAAUACAAGCUCGACAAGUGUCUUCGAACGUCAUGAUUCUAGAAUUUGCAAAUGUCUUCCUGGUGUGCAUGCUUUCACUGGAUGUGAUAGUGUCAGCGCAUUUUCUGGAAAAGGAAAACUGACGGCGUUAAAGUUAGGAAAGCGACGUCCUGCAUACCAAGAGUUAUUCCAACAGCUUGGCGCGUGUAAUGGAAAUUAUCGGAUGAGCUAUUUGUGCGUCUCCAAGAGUUCACAUACCUGACGUACACGUCAAAUCCUGGAACUAAGGAUGUUAACGUGUUGCGUUACCGUCUCUUCUGCGCCAGGAAAGGAGAGUUAGAGUUGCACCAGCUUCCACCAUGCCAGGACACGUUACGAAAGCAUUGUGAGAGGGCAAACUAUCAGUCAGCAAUAUGGCGCAGGAGUCUUCAAAGUUCGCCCCAGAUCCCCUUGCCCAUUGGCUCUGGAUUGCAUCUAAAGGAUUGUAAAUUGACUAUUGACUGGAUGAGUGGGGAACCGGCACCCAAGGCUGUGUUUGAGCUCCUAUCCGGCCAGAGUAAGAGAGUCUACCAGUUGCCAAGCUGUACCUGUCUCGCUAACGGAUUGCAUUGCAAUGACAUUUGUCGGUUACAGGGGUGUACAAACCAGCCAGAGGAAGCUACCGAGGAUUUAACUGCAGAUGACUCUGAUGUUGAAUGUGAAGAUGAUUGA